AUGCCUCUUCCACAAAUUUAUACAAUCUUGCAUUUCAUGUUCCUGCUUCGUUUACCAGCAAUAUAUGGUGGUCCAGUUGCCAAACCAGGAUGCCCAAAUAUGUGUGGGAAUUUGCCCAUUUCAUAUCCAUUUGGGAUCGGGUUGAAUUGCUCGUUCGACCUGUCCUUUACCAUUAGCUGCAACACUUCCACAGAGCCUCCAAAGGCGUACCUUUCCAUAAUUGAUAAGCAAUUGAUUGAAAUAAACGAAACCUAUAUUCGGGUUGAGUAUUCGAACCUGGUUUCGGUUUGCUAUGAGUCUGAAGGUGGUUCGUAUAAAGAUAGUAGUGUGAGUGUGAACUUGACAGGGACUUUGUAUUCGCUGUCCAUGUACACAAACAGGCUCACCGCCAUUGGCUGCGACGACGCUGUGCUGCAGUCCAACGGAACUUACAACAACGGCGGUUGCUCUGCCUUUUGUGAGGAAGACAUCAAUACUCAAACAGGGUAUUGCCCAUUCGAUCCUACUUCCAUUGGAAGUGGUUGUUGCCAGUCUCAAAUCGUCGGAGAGACGGGAUUCGUGGGAGCAAAACUAAUAGACUUGAGCAGAAAAGUGCAACGUAGAAAGCUUUUCCCCUGCAGCCACGCCUUUAUCCAGGAGGUGUCGGACACAAAUGAAUCCGGAUUUUCGUAUCCGUUGUUCUACCUCCAUAACUCAACUGCAUUGCAGACUGACAAUUGGGCAUCAGCAACGAGUCCUCCGGUGGUGAGGCUGGACUGGAUUGCGGGUGUUGAGAAUUGCAGCCAAGCAAAGCUGAAUCCGACCACGUACGCAUGUCAAGAUAGCAAGAGUCUGUGUGUUGAUGUUGCUAACGUUAGCAGAGGUUACCAAUGCAGCUGCCUGCAAGGAUACGAGGGAAAUCCUUACGUGGUUGGAGGCUGCCAACCAAUUGUAUUUCGCAGCUCCAUAGCAAGAAACGGAUGUCGAGAUCAAUGUGGCGAAUUGUCAAUUCCGUUUCCAUUUGGAAUCGGGCAGAAUUGCUAUUUGGAGCCAUCUUUUGAAGUAAAGUGUGAUACAUCAACUAAUCCUCCAAAAGCUUACCUCUCUGUUCUCAAGGCGGAAAUCACCCGUUUAAAUUCAUCACAGGUUCGGGUCAACUAUCCAACACUUGGUUUUGCUUGCUACAAUUGGUCAAAUUCUCAACAGAGAAUCACUAAGACAGUAGAGCAAAGCUUGACUAUUGACUUGUCAAAAACUCAAUUUACGUUGUCGGAAGAUAGCUGGAUCUCUGUGAUUGGGUGUGAUGACAUAAUGGUGGGUAUGACUGGGCAUGCGAGUCGUACUUCGGUUGGCAGCACUUGUGCAGCUGUUUGCAAAAAUACUCAAAUUGCCAAUAACUAUUAUGCUUAUUGUCCUACCAAAACUGAUGAGUAUUGGCCUGGCAAUGGCUGUUGCAGGGCACCCAUUCCGAGAGGCACCUCCUACCUUGAAGCCAAUUUGAGCGAGUUCAGUGGACGAUGGCCACGUACCAAUUUCUCUUGCAGUUAUGCCUUUACUGGAACCAAGGAUGAUUAUCAUCAAGCAACAUACCCCAUUUUCAAUAACUCAACACAGAUUCAAACUGAUGAUCCAAACAUAAAUUAUCGACCCACUAUAGUUACAUUAGACUGGAGGAUUGGUGCUGUGAAUUGCAAAGAAGCACAACUGAAUGCGGCGGAUUAUACAUGUCAGAAUAACACCGUCUGCAUUGAUUUUGAUGAUAGAGUUAGAGGCUACCUCUGCAACUGCUCCAAGGGAUACCAAGGCUAUCCUUACCUUAACCCAGGAUGUCAUGAUAUUGAUGAAUGCGCGGACAGUACAACUAAUACAUGCGUUGCAAAUUCAAUUUGCAUCAAUGAUGCUGGAUCUUAUCACUGCUCAUGCCUCGAAGCACUGGCGUAUCCAGCUUAUAAUGUACCCCCAAAUAUUUCCUACAUAAUGUUAUAUUUAGACACAUAUUUCAAAACACAUCAGUGGCGCAGUGGUUGGAAACGUGUUUUUUGUUUCUGGAUUCGCCACUGCCUCGAAGGGUACGUUGGUGAUGGGAGGGAAGAUGGCACCCGUUGCAUUAAGCUGCCACCAUCCAAGACAAAGACCAUAAUCCUGACGGGUAUGAGCUCAGGAUUAGGACUUGUACUAUUCGUCUCAGUGUGCUUUUGGUUGUAUAAGCUGUUGAAGAGAAAAAGGGAAAAGCUGGUUAAAGAAAAAUUCUUCAAAAGAAAUGGUGGUCUUCUCUUACAACAACAAACAAAUGAAGGCUCUGUUGGAAAAACAAAAGUUUUCCCAGCAAAAGAAUUGGAGGUAGCUACUGAUCACUUUAAUGAGAACCGAAUCCUUGGAAAUGGAGGGCAAGGCACUGUUUACAAAGGAAUGUUAUCCGAUGGUAAAAUUGUGGCAAUAAAAAAAUCGAAGUUAGUUGAGGAAAGCCAAUUGGAACAGUUCAUAAAUGAGGUUGCUAUACUUUCACAAAUCAACCAUAGAAAUGUGGUCAAAUUAUUGGGGUGUUGUUUGGAGACCGAAGUUCCUCUUCUUGUGUAUGAAUUCAUGCCAAAUGGCACCCUUUAUGAUCUCAUACAUGAUCCAAAUAAUGAAUUUCCAUUUCCAUGGAACAUGCGUUUGAAAGUUGCAGCAGAUAUAGCCGGGGCACUAGCGUAUUUACAUUCCGCAUCUUCUGUGGCUAUCUAUCACAGAGACAUCAAGUCAAGUAAUCUCCUUCUAGAUGAGAAAUAUGUGGUCAAAGUAUCGGACUUUGGAACUUCGAGGUCCGUUGCUGCAGAUCAAACUCAUCUAACUACUCUUGUUCAAGGUACCUUCGGGUAUUUAGAUCCAGAGUAUUUCCAAUCUAGUCAAUUCACAGAAAAGAGCGAUGUUUAUAGUUUUGGGGUGGUUCUUGUCGAGCUCCUCACUGGACAAACGCCAAUUUCUUGUGACGAAGAGGAAGAGGAAAAAGGCCUUGCUAAUCGGUUUCUUACAUGCAUGGUAAGAAAUUGUCUAGACAAGAUAUUGGAUCCUCUAGUGUUGGAGCAAGGUAGAAAAGAAGAGGUGAUUUUAGUUGCAAGGGUUGCACAGAGAUGCUUGUAUUUGAAAGGGAGAAUGAGACCAACUAUGAAAGAAGUGGUGACAGAAUUGGAAAAUAUUAAGAUGUCUAACAUGUCAACUAUAUCUGAAUAUGAAUCUGAAGAUGAAGGAGAUUUUGAAGGCAUGCCUACAAUGAUUCCAGACAAUGGUUACACGUGGACAGGUACUUAUAAGAAUGUUGAAGCAUCCUCAUCAGCUGCAGAUCCCUUGAGAUUUACAACAUAG